CAAAUGUGUAACAUGAAACUUUACACCGCAUGUGAAAAAAUGCAAAUGGCGGUCAACUCAGGAGUGAAGGAACGCUAAAUUUUGUUUAAAAGUAGAAAUAUGUCAUCUAUAGAAGUGCGGAUACCUAGAAAGCAAAGGAAACGACCUGUGUCGUGUGCAGCAAGUGAUUUUUUGAGCAAGAAAAAAAUAGUUUCGCCUGGUGAUACUAUUUCGGAAGCAUCAGAUUACAUGAGGUGUACCAACUAGUUAAUAAACUAACUCUAUAAUAUGGUGUUGAACAUAGGCUCAGGGGGUGCUUGAAUACUUUGCAAGUUGGGCUUACCCAAAGUAUUUUGCUCUGAAUGCUUUCCCUGUUGCUAUCCCGAAUUCACAUUCCCAUACAUCUCACAUGCCUGGUUACCACUUAUCCGCAUUCUGAUAAUGAACGGAACAAAGGUAACCAAGCAUUUAAAGUAUAUAUGGGAGUGAAUUAGGUCGCAACAGGUACAUAUGAUGCAAGUAUUGAUUAACGUGAAAAGUUAUUUCAUGUCAACACAGUGACACUUGCUCGCUGCAACGAAAAUACACAACAAAAUCUCAACAGUGUAAAUGAUACUAUCUUACAGAGGUCAUGGAACAUUUGUUGAUGAUGACAAAAUUGUUGCUUCCGUCACUGGAACUGUGGAAAUUGUAAAUAAACUGAUAUCUGUGAAGCCACUAAAAACUAGGUAUAGCAAAAUUAUAUCACUUUGACUUGCUACCCUUUCUGGAUGUCAGGGCAGAUUUACUAGUUGAAGACACCUACCACCAUCAUCACCAUUACCAUCACCACCACUACCAUCUCCACUACCACCAAUAUCAUAAUCACCUGACCACCAUUGUGACCAGUACCCAUCACCACAUAAAACAAUUGGCAAUAGUAGUGCACUUGUGCAUGAAAGUUCACCAUUAUAAUUCUUUUAUUAUGAUAAUUUUUUUAAAAUUUCUGAUACUAACAGAUACAAUGGUGAAGUCGGUGAUGUUGUUGUUGGAAGAAUAAAGGAGGUUAGCCCAACAAUUUUUUCCUGUGAAGCAAUGAAGAUAUACACACUCCAGUCAGCAUUGAAGCAGUGUUGGAAAAAGAGACAAUCAAUGUAAAAACAUAAUUCAAGUAUGGUUUGUGUUUAGGUUGGUCAGAAACGUUGGAAAGUGGACACAUUUGCAAAACUAGAUUCCGUUUUGAUGUUAUCGUCUGUGAAUUUACCUGGAGGAGAGCUGGUACUGUAGGUCAUAUGGAGGGGAAGAUAAAUGUUAUCUUGUGAUAUACAGAUAAUGCUAAGAUAAUGCAUACAAUUCUUUUUGUUUGUGGAAACACAUAGAUAAUGCAUAAAUACACUUUUCUAUUCCAGAGGCGAAGAUCGGUCCAAGAUGAAUUAAUGAUGAGAGAUGUUCUUUCUGAAGGCGAUCUGAUAAGUGUAUCUUUAAAAAUGAAAAUUCAAAUAAUCAACAACAAAAUUGACCAAAAAAUGAUAUAAUUAUAUGACACAGACCAUUAUUACUCACAGUCCUGGAAAAAAUGGUGGAUCCUGGGAACGACUUUUCUACAAAAUUUUUUGAUUGCUAGAAAGGAUUUUCAAUUUUUCUUUGGUAGAAAGUUUUGAAAUUUCUUUAAAAAAAAUUAUCCAUAAAAAUCAACAAAAAGGUUAAAAAUUAUUAAUUGAAUAGAUUUUGUUAACAGUGAAGGCUGUGAAGCCCAGUUGAUGCCUAACAGCUGUAAGAGUCAAAAUUUAAGUGCUAUUAAACCAACUAAAUUUUAUGACAGUGUUUUCAAAGAAAAUACCCCCUGGUCUAAAUUUGAUAACAGUGUUUUGAAAAGAAAAUAUGCCCCAUAUAGGAUCCAAGAAAUUGUUAUUCGAUCAUUUUAGAGUAGUUUUAUAUGGUUAACCCAACUCCUGACGUCAUCAAAACCAUAGUUAAUGAGGUCAAGAAUUUUUCCAAGAUGGCGGAAAGCUCAUUAAUUUCGGUCUAAAUAUUUCGAGAACUACGCAAGAUAUGACAAAUCGGUAGUAGAGUUUAAUAUAUAAUUUUAAGAGUUCUUUUGAAUGAGACAAACUAAUUUUUUAUUGCCAAUGUCCUUUAAGUGGUCUGUGUCAGUGUGUGGGUAGUGGCAGUAAUAAGAAAGUUUCUGAUUGAUAGGGAUACAACUACCUGAAAAAUACAUGGAGAACUUCGACAUUUCGAGCGGUGGUCCUUCGUCGGGAAGUCAGUGAAUGGCCUUCGCUCAAAACGUCGAAGUUCUCCUUGUAUUUUUCAGGUAGUUGUAUUCCUAUCAAUCUGAAGCUUUCUUAUUUAAACCUUAACCUGUUUUUUGUGUGUGUGUUGGUGUUAUGUACUCGGGUGAAUAAGAUGUUUGUGAUGUUACUCUGUGAUGUUACUCUGAUGUGGAUGCAUACUCAGAGUAACAUCACAAACAUCUUAACCGGUUUGUUCCCGAAUUUUCUCUACUGACAAGAAAACACCAUGAGCUGGGACAGAGGAAAAGAGCUGGCGACGUAUUCGUACACUAUUAACAAAUUAUUUUAUUUACUUCCUUAACCUUAAAAUCCAGGCCGAAGUUCAGUCUAUUUUCUCAGAUGGUUGCUUAUCUUUACACACGCGAAGUCAGAAAUACGGAAAGGUUGGACCCAAGCGCAAUAUGCGAGUCAUUAGACAUUAGUAUUCAUUGCAGGGAUAAGAACGAAUAUUUUAAAAUUUCUAAAAAUUAAUCUGAUGCAAAGAAUUCCUGGAUUCUUCUACAAAAUAUUUUCUAUUCAAUAGACAACUUGCAUGUUAGACUAAUUUUUGAUACGGAAAAUGUAGCCUUGCGAAGUUUGCAUAUUUUGUACAUGUUUGUGCGGAAAUUGUUACCGUUGUUGAGCCGACAAUGCUAAUAAUUUCCACACGUAAUACAAACAUAUACAAAUUUUGCAAGGCUAUAUUUUCCAAGCUUUACAACAUUUCUCAUUCUCAACCAAAUGUUGCAAUUUUACUAAUUUCAUUAUGUUCUAUUUAGCUGUGGUGUUUGAUUCCCUUCGCUUAACUUAGAUUAAAAUUUAGUCCAACAUGCAAGUUGUCCAUUGGGCAUGAUGGACAACUAGAAAGUUUUUCCCGUUUGCCCAUGCACUUUUGGAAACAGCUCGUAAAUAUAAACCUUCGCUCGACACGUUGAAGUUGUGUUUAUAUUUUUUUAGGGAGCUGUAUCUCUUGUCUAAUUUGAAAUCAUUAAAUUUCUUUUCGUCUCGUUUCCAGCUAGAGGAAGGCUUGUUAGUUCAAGUUUCACCUUCAUUCAUCAAAAGAUGUAAAACGCAUUUUCACGACUUGUCUUGUGGAGUUAGUGUUAUCAUUGGUAAUAAUGGAUAUAUAUGGAUACAACCCCAUGAAGAUAACAAGGUGAAUAAUAGGACCAUUAUCCCAGAAUUUGUUCAUGCGUUCGUAUUAUUAUCAUAGCUGAUGCACUGAAAUUGCACUAACUUUAUUUAUACUGGAUAGCUCUUUCAGUUUUAAACUGUUCUUCCAGUAAGGAUCAUCUCUUAUUGAUCCAAUGUUACUACAGGAGGAAACCUAAACUAACUUUAUUUAUACUGGAUAGCUCUACCAGUUCUAAACUG